AAAUCCUUUGCUAAUCUCCCAAUGGCUUUCACCAAUGAGCUUGACUGGCCCCAGUUCUCAGAGAUCACUGGAUUUCUGAACUCCACCAUCGGAGGCUGGACAGACUCCCUGUAUCUACGUUUACGCAGGAGAAAUCGCUGUAAUCACAGAGAUUUACAGAACAUUUCCCAAAAUGGUGGUUCUUCAGGAAACCUCCUCUAUUUAAUAAAAAGCUUGGCCAGAAACCAGCUGUUGGACAAUCCAGCCAUAGUUGUCUACGCUACAAUUGGGAAUGAUGUCUGCAAUGGGAACCGUGACACACUGGCUUACAUGACUACACCCAAAGAAAUGUUCUCCAAUGUGGUGCAAGCUCUGCAGUACUUGGACUCCCAUCUUCCAAACGGCAGCCAUGUGAUUUUAACAGGCUUGGUAGAUGGCCGCUUUCUCUGGGAUAACCUGCAUGACAGAUACCAUCCUCUAGGGCAGCUGAACCGGGACGUCACAUACAGCCAAAUUUAUUCUUUCCUUGACUGCCUCCAGGUGAGCCCCUGCAGCGGCUGGAUGACUCCCAACGAGACCCUCAGGAACUUGACCUCGGAGAGAGCUCUACAACUUUCCAAUGUCCUGAAAGAAAUAGCAAGAUCUGAGAAAUUUGCCAACUUUGAUAUUUUCUACAUGGAUUUUCCACUGAGACAAACGGCCGAGGAGUGGCACAAGAUGGGAGGCGAGCCCUGGCAGCUGAUUGAACCAGUCGAUGGCUUCCACCCCAGCCAGAUUGCUGCAGCCCUUGGAACAAGCAUUACCUGGCAGAAGGCGCUACAUGAGUGGCCUCAAGUGCUUGGAAAGGAGAAUCCAUUCAACGACCAGAUUGAAGCUAUAUUCAAGGAUCAAGGUGGACACUGA